AUGGCCAGUGGAUAUGCUCGAACCGGAAGCUCGAGGAAACCCCUUCCAAUAGAUAUGGGCAAACUUCGCCGUUCGCGUGAUGCAUAUAAAUCAUAUAAUAUUCAAAUAUUGAGAUUUCAGUCGGAGCAACCGAAUGACGUUCUUUUUAUUCGAAAAAUUAAUACACAAUUACCUUGUUCAAAACAGUUCGUUCACUGGUCGGCAAUUUCUGUAGAUUUUACCACCGAGUCAUCUACUCAUCUAAAAGCUCUCGAUAAUAUUCUACCGGACUCCUGCGCAUAG